CAAAACCCCCUCAUUUUCGUGAAGGCUCGCAUGAGCACCGGUUUCUUAGAGGAAACAACGGCUGAAUCGCAACUAGGGUUUCUUAGCUACUGAUUCAUCGAAAAUGGUGCUCUCAAAUGAUAUCGACUUGCUCCACCCUCCUGCGGAAUUGGAGAAAAGGAAGCACAAACUCAAGCGCCUUGUGCAAUCUCCCAAUUCCUUUUUCAUGGAUGUUAAAUGCCAAGGUUGCUUUAACAUAACAACUGUGUUCAGCCACUCUCAAACCGUUGUUGUAUGCGGGAAUUGCCAAACUGUAUUGUGCCAGCCAACCGGGGGAAAAGCCAGACUCACAGAAGGCUGCUCUUUUAGAAAGAAGGGUGAUUGAGAAGGUUGCACACUCUUUUCUUCCUUUUUCUCUCGUCUUUUUUUCUCCAGUAGAGUGCAUAUAGGUUGCAGUUCUAAUGAUUACAUGGAGGUGAGGGAUUUUGGGUUGGUUACUUUUUGUUAAGCUGUAAGAUGACCCUAAUCUCUUUUGGUGUGCGUGAAUUUCAGUCUUCUGUCGUCUUUUAUUUUCUCUUUACUGGUCGUCCUUUCACUGUGAGGACUGUGAUUUUGGAUAAUUGAAGUUGAGUUGUGAACUUAAGCUCUGUAAUGGAUGAUAUUUCCUAGUGACUUUUUGGAUCAAUUUUCAAAGA